GUCAAAACGACGUCAAAUUACACGUCUCCGGGGUUUUUUCUCUAAUCAUUGCACGAAAUUAGUUUUAAUUAAAUUAAUUUAAAUUUACUUUCCUAUUAAACUGAUAUAUAUAAGUAAAAUGUCUACAAAAACAAGCACAAUCGAACGCAACAGUAGUGGUAACGCGAAGUCGCUAAAUCUUUCAGAGAUUUGUUCCCGGGCAUUGAAAGCGAAUUCUGAGUGGCCGGAUAAGGACGAAUUUUUGGACGUUAUCUACUGGGCUAGACAAAUCUUCGGCAUCCUUUUGGGUAUUGUAUGGGGUAUUGUGCCAUUGAAAGGAUUUUUAGGCUUAGUGCUUUUCGCUGGUAUCAGCUGCGGCAUUGUUUACAUCUACGCCAUAAAUUUCCAGGGCAUUGACGAAGAAGCCUACGGUGGUGCUUGGGAACUGGUUAAGGAAGGUUUUAUGACAUCAUUCGCCGGCUUUCUUGUGACGUGGAUAAUUUUCUACACUGGGCUGCAUUACGACGCGAUAAUGGCAGAAAAGGAAUUGUCAUAAUGCCAUCAAACAAAACUAAGAAUACUGAUUUGUUAAAACAGUUGAGUUAAAGAUACCUAACAACCCACUUACGAUAGUAUGCACU